AUGAUGUUUCGUACUUUCAAUUGGUAUGUUUGGUUAUGUAGGCGAAAAUGGAAAGUUGGUAUCGGAAUGGUAUUGGUGGUACCCUCUCUGAAGGCUGAUGCUGUGUUGCAACGAUUGACAGAAAAGGGCGACGGUGCUGUGCGUAUAGGAUCUGUCGUUGAAAGACGAGGAACUUCUCCCAUAAUUUUUAUGAAUCUGUCGACAGCAUUCACCUGCGAGUACUUGCAGCCUCCGAAGCCGAAAAUAAAGGCGAGUUUACCCUUGUGUUUCGUUUGCCUUGUUUGCCGUUAUACCACUGAUUUCAAUCGGGCGAGCUCAUUAAAAAUGAUCCGUGAUAUGUUCCGUCAUCCUUGCAGAAUGUCAACAUCGCCAAUGGGUUCGGACCUGAGAUGA